ACCUCUGAUCCAUUUUAUCUAUAUUUAGAUAAAAAAACGGUCUUGAAAGCUGCGUAUGUUCGAAUGUAGUAAGUUAGUUAUAUUCGUGAAUACUGAGUGUGGUGACAGUGAAGUAGAUCAGACUGUUUCCUCAAAUUAUUCAAAAAUAUGAGUACUUCUAUAAAUCAAAAGGAAAAAUUAAGUAUUACCUCGCAUGUUUUGGAUACUAGCAGAGGUCGACCUGUUGAUGGCUUGUUUGUGAGUCUCUAUAAGUUUGAAAAUAACAAGUGGAUUUUUCUGAAAGAAAGCACGACAGAUUCAAAUGGACGCUGCGGGGAUUUGUUGCAGGACAUGCAAGAGAAUCCCGGGUCUGGCAGAUUUAAGAUUGAGUUUCGGGUGAACGAUUAUUUCAAGCGAAUCGCAACCGCCUUUAUGUAUCCGAUGAUCGACGUGAUGUUCGACGUGCAACAUCCCAACGAGCACUAUCACAUUCCUCUGCUGCUGAAUCCUUUUGGAUAUACCACAUAUCGUGGCUCGUAAUCGACAUCACGCUUAACCCAGAAAUCACUUGGAGUGUUUUUAUAUUCCAGCA